AUGGGCAUCAAUGGACCUAGUAGAUGCAUUUUAUGUCAAGAGCAAGAAGAGACUGUGAAUCAUCUACUUCUCCACUGCAAGUUCUCCAGUCACUAUUGGUGGCAUUUCAUGAGAAAAUUGAGAAUAUUUGGCCCCUUCCCAUCAGGGCUAGAUGAGUGGUUUCUGGAAUGGUCUAAACUAGAAGGAAAUGCUAUAUUUGCUGAUUUACUUUAUAUUUUACCAUCUCUUCUGAUGUGGGAAAUUUGGAAAGAAAAGAAUCGUAGAAUUUUCCAGGGUAAAGAGAUGAGCUUAAUGACUCUAUGUGGGAAAAUUGAGAACCAUUUGUCUAAGCUCCUGAAUGAGGCUGCUGAAUCCAAAUCAUUAAAUAAAAAAAUAUAUACAGACUGGGAUUGGAAGAUUAAGCUGGCACUUCCAAAUCUGCUUAUUCCAUUGCUUUUUGGCAAGGGAUCCCCAGUGGAUCGAGUCAAUCCAAGAUUGGGUGUUAAAUGA